CUGGUGUGGUUCCAAAUCAAACACGAUGAUGAUUGAACAACGAAAGGAUUUUCUUUUCUUCUUCUUCUUCUCUAAUCUCUUUAUUAUCUAACCCCAGAGACAGAGAUUAGGUGAAAGGCAAAGUUUUUGGCAGCUAAAGUAAUGGAGGUGUUGUGUAGAGCCACUGCUUUAACAUGGACUCACUCCAUCUCUCCUCCUCUUCACAUUCCUCGAACUUUCUCUAAGCUUGACGCUCGGAGAUUAAGUGUGUGUUGUGCCUCUGAUCAAACCCAAAAGGCAAAUCAGAUGACUGUAUCAAUAACAGGAGCCACAGGCUUUAUAGGUAGAAGAUUGGUGCAAAGACUGCAUGCAGAUAACCAUUACAUUAAUGUUUUGACACGUUCGAAAUCUAAAGCAGAGUUAAUAUUUCCGGCCAAAGACUUCCCUAGAAUUGUAGUUGCCGAGGAGCCAAAAUGGAAAGACAGCAUUCGAGGUUCAAAUGCUGUUGUAAAUUUAGCUGGAAUGCCCAUCAGUACAAGAUGGUCAUCUGAGAUAAAGAAAGAGAUUAAACAAAGCAGGAUUAGAGUCACCUCAAAGGUUGUAGAUUUAAUAAAUGAUUCGCCAGAUGGAGUUCGGCCCACAGUUCUGGUCAGUGCCACAGCUGUUGGUUAUUACGGCAGUAGUGAAACACAAGUAUUUGAUGAGCGCAGUCCAUCUGGAAAUGACUACUUGGCUGAGGUAUGUAGAGAAUGGGAAGCAUCAGCCCUCAAAGUAAAUAAGGAUGUGAGAUUAGCACUUAUUCGCAUUGGUGUUGUUCUUGGUAAAGACGGGGGUGCUUUAGCUAAAAUGAUUCCUCUGUUCAUGAUGUUUGCUGGUGGACCUCUGGGUUCCGGACAACAAUGGUUUUCCUGGAUUCACCUAGAUGACAUAGUAAACCUAAUCUAUGAAGCUUUAUCAAAUCCAGCUUAUAGAGGAGUUAUCAAUGGAACUGCACCAAAUCCAGUUCGAUUGGCAGAGAUGUGUGACCGACUGGGAAAUGUCCUCGGCCGGCCCUCGUGGCUACCUGUACCUGACUUUGCCCUCAAAGCAGUCCUUGGAGAAGGUGCUUCUGUGGUUUUGGAUGGACAGAAAGUGCUUCCUAAAAGAGCCAAGGAGUUGGGUUUCCAGUUCAAAUAUCCCCAUGUGCAAGAUGCACUCAAAACCAUCCUUUGAUGAGAUGAGAGGGUAUUAAUAUACAGAUGCAGCAACUGUAUAUUUGUUUAUUCUUUUGUUUGAGGAUCAAACUUGUUCCAUCAUGCUCAAUGCUUGUUUAAAGCUUGUUUUAUAAAAUAUAUUAAAAUCAUUUUUUGUUAA